AUGCCGGGCUGGCUAAGGGAUGUGCUGGUCCUGUCAACGAGCGUCAAGCUGCUAUUGGUGCCGGCUUAUCACAGUACAGACUUGGAGGUGCAUCGCCAUUGGCUCGCUCUCACCAAGACCCUGCCCGUCUCGCACUGGUACUUUGACACGACGUCGCAAUGGACGCUCGAUUACCCGCCCUUUUUCGCCUUCUUUGAGCGCAUGCUAGCUCAGGUCAUUGCACCGCUCGACGCUCGCAUCGUCCACUUGCAAGAGGGUUUGCAGUACGCUUCUCCCCGAGCAAUCUGCAUCCUUCGACUCAGCGUCAUGCUCACCGAGCUUGUCCUCGUCGGCGCACUAUGGGCACUGGCCACUCCUAGCGGUGCGCAAAGCGGCAAGAGCUCUGAAUCGGGCCUGGGCUCAGCGUCUCGCUCUCCAUCGAGCGCAAACACGGAUCAAGACGCGCACGUCAAAGCUGAACAAGCCAUCUCCCCGCUCGUUGCCGGCGCCAUCUUACUUCAUCCCGCACUCGUCAUCGUGGACCACAUCCACUUUCAAUACAACGGCUUCCUGACUGGCGUGUUGCUGUGGUCCAUAUGGGCCGCGAGAGAGCGUCGCCCUCUGCUCAGCGCCUUCCUCUUCUCCUCACUCUUGAUGCUCAAGCACAUCUACAUCUAUCUUGCUCCCGCUUACUUCAUCUUCCUGCUUCGGACCUAUGUCCAUCCUGCAUCCGUGACGAUGGAUGGACCGACUGGAGCUGGACCUGCAUCUCGCCUCUUUACACUUGGCACAAUUACCCUCAUCCCACCUUUGGCUGCUAUCCUACCCCUGCUGGCAUCUGGUCUCACCACUUCAGCGCCUGCGGGACCUCUUGGCAUCUUGAGGCAGAUGAUUGCGCGGCUGUUUCCCUUUCAAAGAGGACUCAAUCACGCGUAUUGGGCAGCCAACUUCUGGGCUCUUUACUCAUUUGCGGAUCGUGCUCUGCUUGCGACAGGCAUGGCCACUUCAUCCAAGAUCACCGAAGCUGCACGCGCUUCCUCAUCUCGAGGUCUGAUCGGAGACACUACCUUCGGCGUCCUUCCUACCGUUUCAGCAUCACACUGUCUGGUAUUGACGGCCACUCCAUUGCUGGUGCUUAGCAGCCGGCUAUGGACACGACCCACGUAUCUCAACUUCCUGACCGUGCUCAUCUCUUCAGGUCUUACCAGCUUCAUCUUCGGCUACCACGUCCACGAGAAGGCGAUUCUGUUGCCUUUGCUCCCGCUAACCCUGCUCGCACCAGUCAGCUACGUCCACGCCCGCCUCACCACGCUGCUCAGCAUCGUCGGCAUCUUUGGCCUCUUCCCUCUGCUCUACGAUGCCAAAGAGACCCCUUUAAAAUUGUUCUAUACGCUUGCUUGGAGCUUCGUAUUUUUCGGCUCGAUCCGUAAACAGGUGUACAGGCCCGUGCCGAGCAACCUCACUGCCAUCGCGCACGUGCUUGAGAAUGUCUACCUCCUCGGCUUCAUCAUCCUUCAGAUCUACACGAGUUUGCUGCACCCUGUCUUAUUCACGCGAGAGCGACAUCUGGAGCCGACAAAAGAGAGUGGACCCGUCGGGACUGCUGCGGAGGCAAUCAUGAGCGCUGCAGAUUCACUCACCUCGGCUCUCAUCGCCCAGCCGUCGUCGCACGCCCCCUGGGUACAAGCUUCGCCUGCUGGCGACCCCCUGGCGUCCUUUUCCAUGGACGCAUCGAGCGGGGAAACUGCAACACCCUCGAUGCGCUCAGACCUUUCUGCCGCGGGUCUUGGGAGCCAUGCAACACCACUGGAGAACGUUCGCAAGCUGAGCUCGAGCGGCAUGCCAGAUGUUCAAUUACACACACAGUACGAAUUCCUCCCUCUCAUGCUGAUUAGCACCUACUGCGCGCUUGGAGUACUUUGGGUCUGGAUUAGAUUGGGUUGGAGUCUGCUUUCUCAGCGGCUCCACAACCAUCCGCAAGCAGCGGAGGCUUCACUAGCGAACCACGCCGGAAAGCAGAGGGCGGCGUAUCCUCGUAAAUGGUAA